UCACCACCACUGGUCAAAUUUCCCGGACUAUCUGCGAAGUUUUAGACACAAAUAUGUUAAUGUGUGGGACUUGUAAAAAAGCAUUAUGCAACUUGCAUUCACACACGUAAGACGCAGACGUUUUGCUGAAUGAAGCUGGAACUGCGUUGCAUGGACCAAAGGCAAGAAUCCAGAUUUACUGAUGAUGACUGCUCAGCCUUAGAAGACCGACUAAUUUUUUUUAACUGUGAAUGACAAUCAAAGAGCGCAACCUGCAGAGGAUCCUCUGACUGAGAGUAAGAAUGAAUUCAUCAGACGGCAAACAAGACAAUGAUGCACAGCUGUCUGGAUGUCCAGCAGAAACUGAACUAGCUGGGAGAGCUUCAAUGUGUGAAGGAUGUCCUGGACAGGCAUUGUGUCAACAGCAAGGUGGUGUAGACCCGGACCAAGAGUUCAUCGAUGUGAGGAUGAAUGCCAUUCAACAUAAAAUACUUAUUGUGUCAGGGAAAGGAGGUGUUGGAAAAUCUACAGUGGCAGCAUCACUUGCUCUUGCAUUAGCUCAGCAGAAUAAGAAGGUGGGGAUUCUAGAUGUUGACAUCUGCGGUCCAAGCAUUUCACAGCUCAUGUCUGUCCAAGGUCAAAAGGUCAUCAACACACAAUGGGGAUGGAAACCUUUACAGUCUAAACAUGGCGGCAUUAAAGUGAUGUCUGUAGCAUCUCUAUUGGACCAAGCAGAUAGUGCUGUGGUGUGGAGAGGGCCUAGGAAGACUCACAUGAUCAAACAAUUCCUCAAGAACACCUUCUGGGGCAAACUUGACUACCUCAUCAUAGAUACCCCACCAGGCACCAGCGAUGAGCAUCUGACCAUCUUGAAGGUGCUAAGGAACACAAGGCCUGAUGGAGCAGUCAUCGUCACCACUCCACAGACGGUCGCCAUGGAUACCAUAUACAAGGAGAUUGAUUUCUGCAAGAAGAUGAAGCUUCCUAUCUUAGGACUGGUGGAAAACAUGAGUGGUUUUGUGUGCCCCUGCUGUCAGGAGGUUACCCGUGUGUUUUCUGGUGAUGGAGUAGAAACGUUGGCCAAGGAAUCAAAUCUCAAAAUUCUAGAGAGAUUACCACUUGAUCAGGCCCUGGUACGAUGCUGUGAAAAUGGAGAGAGUAUCUUUGAGUGCCACCCUGAUUCCAGCAUAGUGAAGUCUUUGGAAAGUUUAGCACAACGGUUCCUGGAACUCCCUUACAGAUAACAUCCAACGAAGGGAUUUUGUAAAGAAAUAAUGUGAUGCUGCAUUAAGAGAAGCAGAUUCUUGAUUGGGAUCACUCUGUUAUACACAAUAUAUAUAUAUAUAUAUAUAUGAUAAAAAGAGUGCAUUUGUAAUUUCUGUUGUAUGACACAUGCUCUGGCAACAAUAUCUAGCUUUACCCUUUAAUGGAUACACCAAUACAGGAUGCUAUACUGCAUAUAGGCCUAUUCCAUAAUCUUUUGUGGUAUUCAUGGAGGUUUUAUCUUAUGUGUUUUAUCAAUAAAUCUGUAUCUAAAUUUGAUGUCAUGGAAUGUUUAUAAAAUCAAUGAUCAUAUGGUAUUACAAAUAAAUUGUUAUUUUGAAUUAAACCA